AUGAAGACGUGGGUUUCGAACAACCUCAACCAUGCGGGCGAAGUUAUCACGGCGAACAAGAUUCUGACGUUGGGAACCGAAUCGUGGAGGAAAAUCGAUAGCGGCCCUAUCGAUUUUCCCUGCGGAGGCAGCGUUUGCAUUAAUGGAAGCAUUCAUUUCCUCACGCUUGACUUGAUGAGCAACAAAAUAAUAGUGGCGUUCGAUGUCGAGACCGAGAAGUUUAGGACUUUAGCAUUGCCCGAUGGUGCCCCGAAUCAGGUGCAUAAGAUGAAGUUAAUAGCAUUUGGAGGCUGUCUGACGGUGUUGGACUAUGAGCAUCUUGAGGAUGAAAACACCAUUUCAAUGUAUGUACUAGAGGAUUACAAAAAUCGAGUUUGGAUGGAACGUCCAAUCGUGCUGCCCCGUAGUUGGAAAGAGGAUCCAAGUCGUUCAGAGCGGUUUCUCGUCGGUAGUGUCCGUGCCGGAGAUAUCUUGCUUGCUCCAAAGGUUACGGCUGGUGAAGUGUACUUCCUGUCUUAUGAUGUAGAGAAGGGGACUCUGAAGAAGGUUCAAGUCCAUGGUCUACCGCCGUCUCUAUUGAGAAGUCCUGUGAUCAUCGCUUGCGCACCCAUCGGAUAUGUGCAUAGCAUUUUGGCUUUGAGUGAGGUUUAG